AGCUCAUGGCGCUAGUUUUGCUUUUACUCAUUCCUUCUCUCUUGACAUUGUUCACCAAAGGUGUUCAAGCAGUAGAGCUACAAAUGUUUUGCAAAUGUUUCUGCGGUUCAAACAGUACUAUCUUUGAGCUUCCCAUGGUUGACCCAAAACCCUGCUCAAAUUGCACAAAGCAAUUUUGUCUGGAUAAUGUAAAGGAUGGAAUGUGUGAUGGAAUUGCUGACGAGACAUGCCCGAGUAAUGACUUUAGAACAGCAUGCUUUGCACGUGACUCGUUCAAGGAUGAGAUCAUCGUAAGAAUAUUCUUGGUGAUUAUAUUUGGAUUGAUCAUAUUUGCAUUCAUUAAACCCUAUGUGGAUCAAUGGAAAAAGGAUCGUCAAUCAGGGAAUCAAUACACCCCAGUUAUUGAUAGAGAAAAUUGAGAUAUCGAAUUUAGACAAAUGUUUCUUCUUCUAUCGAAUCACAUAAAGAAAAAUGUGGCAAAAAAAAAGCCUUUAAUGUG